CCCCCCCGCAGCCUGUGCUGCCUGAGAAGCGGCGGAUGUCAGCUGGGGACCGCUCCAACAGCCUGCCCAACUAUGCCACCAUCAACGGCAAGGCAUCCUCGCCCCUCUCCAGUGGCAUGUCCAGCCCCAGCUGUGGGAGCACUGUUACUUUCUCCCACACCCUACCGGACUUCUCCAAGUUCUCCAUGCCAGACAUCAGCCCCGAGACUCGUGCCAAUGUCAAGUUUGUGCAGGACACUUCCAAGUACUGGUACAAACCGGAGAUCUCCAGGGAGCAAGCCAUUGCGCUGCUGAAGGACAAGGAGCCAGGGGCUUUCAUCAUCCGAGACAGCCACUCCUUCCGGGGAGCCUACGGCCUCGCCAUGAAAGUAGCUUCUCCACCUCCCACGGUCAUGCAGCAAAACAAGAAAGGAGACAUCACCAAUGAGCUGGUGAGGCACUUCCUCAUUGAGACCAGCCCGCGGGGUGUGAAACUAAAAGGAUGUCCCAACGAGCCCAAUUUUGGCUGCCUCUCAGCUCUGGUUUACCAGCACUCCAUCAUGCCUUUGGCCCUGCCUUGCAAACUGGUCAUUCCUGACAGAGAUCCCAUGGAGGAAAAGAAAGACACUGCAUCGGCCACCAACUCAGCCACAGACCUUCUCAAACAGGGUGCGGCCUGCAACGUCCUCUUCAUCAAUUCAGUGGAGAUGGAGUCACUGACGGGCCCCCAGGCUAUUGCAAAGGCCGUUGCUGAGACGCUGGUGGCUGACCCCACACCUACUGCUACCAUCGUCCACUUCAAAGUCUCUGCACAAGGCAUCACCUUAACGGACAACCAGAGGAAGUUGUUCUUCCGACGCCACUACCCCCUCAACACUGUCACCUUCUGUGACCUGGACCCCCAGGAGCGAAAGUGGACUAAAACUGACGGCAGUGGCCCAGCCAAGCUCUUCGGCUUUGUGGCCAGAAAGCAAGGGAGCACCACAGACAACGUCUGCCACCUCUUUGCUGAGCUAGACCCGGACCAGCCAGCUGCAGCCAUUGUCAACUUUGUCUCCAGGGUCAUGCUUGGCUCCAGCCAGAAGAGAUGAGCGGGCGCUUGCGGGUGAUCCUUGAAUUUUGGAGAAGGACUUGGAGCUGAUCCGAGAAGGAGUGCGAGGAAGUGCAUUGUGGGAGAGGGAAGUGAAUUGGGGGGGAAAAGGGUUGGAAUUUUGGAGGAAAACAGCAAAUAACAAAAGAAAACCCCAACAAAACCCCUAAAAACUCAGCACAAGC